AGUUGGGGAACCGCAUCAGAUGACGACUUAUCACUUGGAUCAGAACGACGAACUGCCGUCGCUACUCUAUGGAACGCCUGGCUUGCCAACGUACCACAGCUGAUGCUGUCUUUUGGCUAUCUUACAGUUAAUAUGAUCUGCACAGCAAUGGCCGGAGCUGAUGAAUGGAAUCAUCUCGCAACCUCUCGAAAAGGCCUUCGAGUCACGAAACCAGCUAAAGACCAGCGAAGCACGUACUUUCUGCAGCUGCCAUACCGAUGGAGUCUUCCACUUAUCGUCACCAGCGGAACACUGCAUUGGUUACUCUCUCAAAGCUUUUUCCUCGUGCGAGCAGACUUCUACGAUCGCUACGGAACGAUACUUCCAGGCGGAAAGUCGGCAUGUGGUUUCUCCGCACUGAGUCUUUUCGUGUUGCUCUUCGCUUCACUUGCAUUGCUCUGUGUUGUGGGUUUCAUUGGACUGAGGACAAUGUCGGUGAAGAUGCCCCUUGCAGCAUCUUGUAGUCUCGUGAUAAGCGCCGCCUGCCACCACUCGCCCACAGAAGCCAAUGUACACCUCGCCAAAGUCAAAUGGGGCGUCACUCGAUACGAGGAGAUCAAAGGCUUCCCACACUGCUCCCUCUCGUCUGAAGAUGUCACCAUACCACAGAAACGAAAGAUGUAU